AUGAAUGUACUUGGUGCACUGCAGAGAGCAAAUAUCAAGAAAAGAUGCUUUAAUGAGAACCUCAAGGGUUCAAUUUUAAUCAAAUCUGCAGAUUUUUCAUGGGAAUGUAAUGUAUCGAAGCCAACACUGAGAAACAUAAAUUUAGAGGUUAGACGUGGACAAAAGAUUGCUAUUUGUGGAGAAGUUGGCUCGGGAAAAUCAACUCUCUUGGCAGCAAUUCUUGGUGAAGUUCGUAACACUAAUGGAAAUAUUUCAGUUUAUGGGAAGUUUGCUUAUGUUUCUCAAACAGCAUGGAUACCAACGGGGACAAUACGGGAAAAUAUUUUGUUUGGAUCAACUAUGGAUGUUCAAAGGUAUCAAGAGACACUUAGUAGAUCUUCAUUGGAGAAGGACCUCGAGUUGUUUCCUCAUGGUGAAUUCACUGAAAUAGGAGAGAGAGGAGUUAACUUGAGUGGAGGUCAGAAACAAAGAAUUCAACUUGCACGUGCUCUUUAUCAGAAUGCUGAUGUAUAUCUCUUAGAUGAUCCAUUCAGUGCUGUUGAUGCACAUACUGCCACAAAUUUGUUUAAUGAAUACAUAUUGGAAGGUCUUGCAGGGAAGACAGUCUUACUGGUGACUCAUCAAGUUGACUUUCUCCCAGCAUUUGACUCAGUUUUGUUGAUGUCAGAUGGGAAAAUCCAACAAGUUGCCCCUUAUCACCUUGACACACCUUCGUUUGAUAUUAGACCCAUAGUCGUCUGGUGUACAUAUCAUACUUUGUCUAUUCAGUUGGCUUGGUUUGUCUGA